AUGGAAACAAUUUCAUCUAGUGAGAUAGAGUACGCUUCUACUGCUGCUACUUCACGUGUAAUCACGUCACCAUUGAAGAUCAUGAAUGGUCCUGUUCAAGAGCCUAUGCAGGUUGUAGAGAGAUCGGCUAUAUCUACAGCAGCAGCAGCAGCCGUCGUCGUCUAUGAGGAUAAACAGCCCAAAACGCUUUCAAAAGCAAGUAAAAAGCACAAGAAAAAGCGUAAAGCACGCAGUAAAAGCAUGCAAAUGUCGUCUACAAAUGUCUUAUUGGCCCAAGAAUUGCAACGGAAAAGUCGUUCAACUUCUCUUGGUGGCAAAAAGCACGUCAUAUGGGGUGACGUAUCAGCCAGAGAGUUUGCCCGGUUUCCAGGUGGCGGUAGUGCUGUUCCUUACGAUGGCACGUGGGCUUUAGGUCUUGGUAAAAAGAUUGCAGAUGUGGAGCUUGGUAGUGUGCAAGAGGUUGAGCUAUUGCGAGAACAAGCGCUGCAGGAACGAGCUAAGAAAUUGUCCAAAUCAAAGCGCCGCGAUGUCCGCACUCAGGAGGAAGGAGCAUUUCAAACUCCAAUGUUAUCGUCUGUUGAGAUAAAAAAGUUAAGACGGAAGUACUCGACUGGGUCUACCGCGAGUCUCGAGUCUUUUGAGGAACUUCAGGUGGCCGAUGCAGCCAUGACGGCCCCAGACUUUGGCUGUGUGUCGAUUGAACAGCUAGAAGAAUUUGUCAAGAUUCGUGGCUCUCGUGAUGGUGCAUGUGGCUGCUCGUGCGGUGACCUGGUCAAAAAGGUGGCCAAGAUGAGUGUGAAAAAGCUGCGCGCGUUUUUGCAGGAACGCAAUAUCCUGCCGCCUGGUCCGGGCAAGACGGAGCUAAUGGCUGCUGCAAAGAAGGUGGCGCGCGAGGAGAAGAAUUGCCAGAGCGCCGACUCAGACUGCGAAUGCGCGCGCAAUGGGGUGCCCUGCCACUCGGACGUGUGUGAAGGCUGCGCUGGUGACUGCAACAAUCCUUUUCAGCGGUAUGAGUACAAGAGCGACGAAGUGAAGCAAUACCGCAAGGAGCAAUUAGCCAAGUGGCAGCAGCUUCAGGUCGAACUCACGCAAUCGAGUGAAGCGGCUGCGCCCGUUUGUGUUUCUUAA